AUGAAUAGAGAAGAAGGUUCAGAUUUUUUCCCGGUGGAUCUCAUUCCCGAGAUACUUUCAAGAUUGCCUGCAAAGUCUAUCGGGAGGUUUCAUUGUGUAUCGAAACUAUGGGGGUCCAUACUUCACCGUCCAGACUUCAACAAGUUGUUUCUUACCGGGUCCUCAGCUCGUCCACGUCUCUUAUUCGCCAUCCAAGGAGUUGUAACUGGUGAUUGGUUCUGUUUCUCGUCACCUCAACCUCAUAAUCCAUAUGAUCAGAAGGAGGAGUCUCUUGUAUUUGCGGCUGAUUCUCAUUUAAAGCGUCAUGAAAACUCGUGGUUGCACUUUUGUGGCUAUGCCUCUGGUUUGAUCUGUUUCUGCCGUCAUACGUGGAUCUAUGAAACAGUUCAUGUGAUCUGUAACCCUAGCACAGGACAGUGUAUGAGCUUACCUAAACUGAGAACGAAGGACUUCUCAAGAAGCUUUUUAGGGUUUGAUCCAAUUGACAAGCAAUUCAAGGUAUUGUGCAUGGCUAAUCCAAAUUUAAAUUAUGGUCAAAGAAUUUUGACAUUAGGAACUGGAAAAAUGGGCUGGAGGAAGAUCAAACCUCCCUUAAUCCAUCAUCCUGCUGAUGACUCGUCUCAACAGAUAUGCAUCGAUGGUGUUUUGUAUUACUUUGCUUUGAUGUGGGAAACGUUGGAAACGCAUCAUGUGAUAGUUUGCUUUGAUGUUAAGUCUGAAAAAUUCAAGUUCAUUGACGCAGCAUCUAGUUAUGAUUGGGGUGUGAAGAAAUUGAUAAACUAUAAGGGUAAAUUAGGUAUGAUUAGUUGGCAUUAUACUCACUCUGGUGAAAGUGAUACCUUUGAGUUUCUUAUGUGGGUUCUAGAGGAUGUUGAAAAACAAGAAUGGUCCAAAUAUGUCUAUACUUUGCCGUGUAAGUGCAAUCGAUUUGGUGUUGCUGGAAUGACAGCUUCAGGGGAUAUUGUUUUGUGGGAGAAAUAUACAUAUAAACCGUCGUUAGAUGUGUUUUACUUCAAUCCCAGAAGCAACAGUACUCUCUGCAGUGUUGAAAUCCAAGGUAACCAUGAAGUGUUUGACAUGAAUAGACAUAGCAUUUGCACAUUUGUAGACCAUGUGGAGACUCUUAACUUUAAUAUUAUGAACACAAACCCACCCACCAGAACAGAAGCGUAA